AUGUCGAUGUCCAAGCUUUGCGAGGUGAAGGCCAAGAACGAGUUGGCGAUGAGCAUAGCUGACGCAUCCACGAGAGCCUCGGAAUCCCACGUGGAUGAGGAUGGGAUGUCUGAUGCCUCAGCUGCUUCUUUGGGAAACACGACCUUGGCCAGCUCAAAGCUGAGCAAGGCCCGCAAUGAGAGGGACAGAGGCCCUAAGAGGGCAGCGAAGAGGAUCCGAAGAGCCAUGAUCAAGAAAGGCAUGUGUCAGGAGGUUGUGGAUGCGAUGACGGACCAGGAGGUGCUCAAUGCGAGGGAGACCUCACGGCGAACACCGUUUUCAGAUCUCCUCGCAGAGCACUUGGGCAUGGUCUCGGAGGGCGCCGCGGUCACAAUCCAGGAGCGGCUGAGUGCGGCGCUUGCCGUGCCUGCGGGCCUGAAGGAUCCGCUUACGGAAGCGGAGUUGAGCCGGGCGCAAGCCUUUGCCAAGCCGGCGGAGGGAAUCGGUGGCAGGUGCAAGUUCUGUGGUGUGGUCUGGGACCCCUGCCACGCCCAGGGCAAGAACCACCUCAAGGCGGUCACAGAGCAUGCCCUGGGGACACGGCUCUUUGGCCCAGCCUCUUCAGCGAAGAGGCUUGACGCCACUGGGCUCGUGGUUGCCGGGCGAAAGCCGACCAAGCAGGAGGUCCAGCGCUUUUGGGGCGAUGUCACGCUGAUGCCCGUCGUGUUGUGGGACCGCCUGAACAAGGGGGAAGGCAUCCAAUUGCGCUGGGGCGGUGCGAAGAGCAAGGUGUGGCAGAUCAAGGCCUGGUGUGAGUUUGCGCUUGCAGCCGUGGCGAACGGGCCCGUGGAGAACACUCUCAUCAUCCGCUCUGCCGAGUUGGCCGUGGUGAGGUAUGACCCGAUCAGCGGCAAGUACUCCAACCGGGGAGACUACUCCCGGGACGCGUUUGCGCGAUGGGAGGAGUUGGAGCAGGAGCUGGGCGAGAUCCAAGACGGCCUCCAGGGCCUUCACUCCCAGGAGCCGUGGUGGCCCGUUCUUGAGAUCCAUGUGGACGCCGAUGGCACCACUGCGGUCAUCCUCGUUUGCUACUACCAGCUUCUGGAGGCCAUCAUGUGGGCUUGGGUCCUGACCUUGGCGCGGCGGCUUUUGCCAGGACGCUGGCUGGCCAAGUUUUUCUAUUGCCACGACAACGGCUUGACAGACCGCUUUCCUGCCGUCAGGGGUGAGGACGGCAAGCCGUCCCAGAAAGCCCCGGAGACCUCGCUUCGCCGCUUUGGCGGGGGCCUGGUGAUUCGCAUCUUCGGGCGGUGGCCCUUCGAGCCGGAGGAUUGGGUGAACAUCGCCAACCUGCCGCUGGCCGGUGAUUGGCGCGAGCAAGCCUUGCGGCUGCUGCUGCCUUCUGCGAAGGAUGUACAGGAUCUGCCGAUCAUCGGCCCCGUCUCGGAGCAAGCCUUGACGGCGGUCGCCGGGGCGCCCCAGGGCUCACGGGCUCACGGGCGCGCGGGCUAG